UUUGCCUCGGCAGUAAUUAUCAAUCUCUGCUCGAGACAAGACGGCAGUGUGAGUGCGGUGUUCUUGUUUACCUGUGACCUGCGAUCGGUCUCUCGUCAUCGCCAGUGAUAGCCCGCAACCAUGGUGUUACUCUGACCGUCCCGAAAAUCUCGACGAAAAUGUUCCCCGACGCAGUGCCCGAGAGCCGAGUUCGUGUCGACAUGAGUUCGUUCCUCGGAUCCCUGUAGUUUAGCCCCCUCCGCGAGGUUUUUCACCCCGAUUUUGGGGAGUGUUCAGUGCUGUUCUUUCAGUUCUUCAGUUUCCUUGCCCGGAUUUUCCGAAAGGAUUUUAAUCGCAGUUCCUCCUAGAAUUUUUUAAGGAACCCUCAAACAAAAUGGCGUGCGGUCUCUCUUGGGUAGAUAAAAUCCUAACAAAAUGCUUCUACCGACUUGGACUCAUCGUAGCCAACUACCCCGGCUACUUCAUCAUCGUGCCCAUCUUCCUCACACUACUCUGCGUCACCGGGUUCCAGAACAUCAAAUACGAAAUGGAUCCGGAGUACCUUUUCAGUCCAGAGCACGGCCCUGGAAAAACGGAGAGAGCUAUUGUAGAGCAAUACUUCAAAAUGAACUACACCAACCGCUUCAAUCCGACGCGUAUUACAAGGCCAGGUCGGUUCGGGAGGGUGAUCGUGAUCCCGAAGCACGGGAAUAACAUGCUGACGGUGGACAUAUGGAAGGAGCUGCGUCUCCUGGACGACAUCGUCCAGAACGCGACGAUCUGGUACGGGGAGGACGACCAGCCGUACCAGUACAAGGACCUCUGCGCCAAGUGGCUCGACGAGUGCUUCAAGAACGACAUCCUCAACUUGGACAAGGUCAUGGAGGAGGUGCAGAACAACACCCUGAAGCUCACGUUCCCGAUCAUGUUCAACCCGGUCACCUGGGACGCCCACGCUUUCCCGGUCUACUUCGGCGGCACCGAGAUCGACGAGGACAGCCUCAUCACUAGGGUCCCGUCCCUCCAGCUAGCUUACUUCGUCACCGCCGAUACCAAGACCCAAGACGCUAGGGGUGCGAGAUGGGAGGACGCCUUCCUGGAGGCCGUGGGGAACGCGGAGGACGGCGGUCUGUUCAAGCACAUCUCGACGGCACGGUUCGCGUCUCGAACCCUGGACAUCGAGCUGGAGAAGAACACGCGGACGGUGGUGCCGUACUUCGGCUCGACUUUCGUGAUCAUGGCCCUCUUCAGCGUGGUCACCUGCAUGAUGGCCGACUGGGUCCGCUCCAAGCCUCUCCUCGGGCUCCUGGGGAACGUCUCGGCCGCGAUGGGCACCCUCGCCGCUUUCGGAUUUGCCGUCUACCUUGGCAUCCCCUUCAUCGGCAUCAACCUCGUCGCGCCUUUGCUCAUGUGCAGUAUCGGUAUUGACGAUACUUUUGUCAUGUUGGCCGCGUGGAGACGGACCCCAGUGACGAUGAGCGUGCCGGAAAGAAUGGCGCACAUGUUGUCCGACGCCGCCGUUUCCAUCACCAUCACCUCCUUCACCGACGUCGUCAGCUUCGUCAUCGGCAUGAGCAGCCCCUUCCCGUCCAUCCAGAUCUUCUGUCUCUACUCAGGUUUAGCAGUUUGCUUCAUUUUCAUGUGGCAUGUAACAUUUUUCGCCGCGUGUGUGGCCAUCGCCGGUUAUGCAGAGAAAGAUAAUCGCCACUCAAUUUUAUGUAUCAAAGUAAAGCCCGUCUCACUCUCAGCGAAAAAAUCUUGGCUGUACCGAAAGUUCAUGACGGGUGGAGUGAACCCGAAGGACGCAGACAACCCUUCGGACAACCCGGAGAACGCAUUCAUGAGGUGGUGUCGCGACUCCCUCUCGUGGUACCUCAUCCAGUGGCCGGUUCGGCUCCUCAUCAUCCUAGUUUUUAUCCUCUACAUCGCUGGAGCCAUUUACGGUACCACGACCCUUCAAGAAGGACUCCAAAGGCGGAAACUCUCCAAGGAAAAUUCGUAUUCCAUCGAAUUCUAUGACCGCGAAGAUUUCUACUUCAGAGAAUUUCCUUAUCGAUUACAAGUAAUUAUUAGCGGGGAAAUGAAUUAUUGGGAACCGGCGGUUCAAGAGCAGAUCGAAAACUUGACCCAAACGUUUGAAGCGUCACCCUAUAUAUCAACGCCUCUGUACACCGAAUCCUGGCUCAGGUCGUUCGUCGGUUAUGUCAAAAGGAAUCAAGAAAACUUGAACGUUUCGAUUGACACGAGGGAAGACUUCCUCAAAACUUUAAACGAGCUGUGGCUCUUCAAACCCAAUCCGUUCUCACUGGACAUCAAAUUCAACGAGGACGGGUCUAAAAUUAUCGCAUCGCGGUUCAUGAUCCAGGCCGUCAACAUAACGGACGGGAACAUGGAGAAGGACAUGGUGCGGGACCUCCGGCGGAUAUGCGACGAGUCGCCUUUGAACGUCAGCGUUUUCCAUCCCUACUUUGUUUUCUUCGAUCAGUUCGAGCUGGUGCGUCCGACCUCAGUCCAAUCGUGUUUCAUCAGCGGUAUAACGAUGCUCUUCAUCUCGUUCAUCUUCAUCCCGGACCUGAUGUGCUCGAUCUGGGUGGCGCUGUGCAUCAUCUCCGUGGAGGCCGGCGUCCUCGGGUACAUGUCUCUUUGGAACGUCAACCUCGACUCCAUCUCCAUGAUCAACCUCAUCAUGUGCGCCGGCUUCUCCGUCGACUUCACCGCCCACAUCUGCUACGCCUACAUGUCCUGCAAGGCCGACACCGCCGAGGAACGCGUCCGCGAGAGCCUCUACUCCGUCGGCCUCCCCAUCUGCCAGGGCGCCAUCAGUACCAUCCUAGGGGUAGUCGCUCUCGCCGUCGCCGGCAGCUAUAUAUUCUUAGUCUUCUUCAAAAUGAUAUUCUUAGUCGUUCUUUUCGGGGCCGCGCACGGUCUCCUCCUCCUCCCAGUGCUCCUGUCCAUCUUCGAUUUCAAGUCGUGUAGGAAUAGUAAAAAGAAGAAGCUCAAGAUAGACAAGGCGUACCCGCACCCUCAUCCUUACACGAUACCGCACCCCUCCCUCCACCCGGUGCAUCAGUACCUGGGCAACAACAACCAGAAGUACUUGGGUGGCCUGGCGCACAACGGCAAUGGCGUCCCCAAAGGCCUUGUCAUGACCACGUACAACGGUGAGACCCACGGUAAAUUCAUCCUCGGGUAAGACUCAUUUUGAAGCGUCUCGUAGACGCGCGACCCCGCCAAGUCCUCACACUGAGAAAAAAGAGAAUGAAGAACGACAAGCAAAUGGAAAAGAACCUGUCAGAAAAGGGCCCGUUUUUGGGGAGCUGUAGGAUCUCGUUCAAAUGUAGCUGUGGAGAAAUCUUAUAAUAAGACAAUCCACCGGUUAAAGUUUUAGUACGAGUGUAAAGCUCAACACAAAGUGGUAAAGUUUACUUUUUUGCCAUUCAAAAAUGCUGAUAUUUUGAAGUUUUUCUGAUACGGAACAACUUUAGUUUGUUGUUCUUUAUUGACUGAGGUACAAAAACAUCAAGUGAUAAUACUGUGCCUCAGAAAAAAAACGGGAUACACUAAAAUCGAUUUUUUUAAGCCAAGGAGUUUCAAAAUAUUCGCAUUUUUCGAUGGUAUAACAUGUAAACUUUAGGUACAAAGCUUUAUUGCCAAAACGAACUUUGCACACAAGCUUAAACUUCCACUAGGGGAUUUUUUUCAUCAUAAGAUUUCGUUUAGGCCAUAUUUGAACGAAAUCCCCGAGUUCAUUAAAAAAGGGACACUUUUUUGUCAGAUUCUUUGUCGCACUCGCAGUCCGCAUUGAUCUCCGUCUUUUACAGUACUUCCAUCUCAUCAACGUUUUCGUACACUAAGUACGUCGAUGCAAUAGAAAAAAAAUAUCGGGAAAGACGGUAUAUUUAUUGUUAAAACGUGGAAAUCAAUAUGAGCUGCCAGUAAAUAAAUGUACUGUGAUUGUUUUUUUCUCAGUGUAGCCGGCUUCUUAUCAGAGGAGUUUUCGCCGGCCAUUCAACUAUUUUGCGGUUUUGUUAACUAGUCUCUCGGCAUUUGGAUUGCUUUAGUUCAUCGAAUAGUGAUUAUCGAUGGCAUUGUAAGUUAUUUUCCCCUCCCUCCCAUUCCUUUGACCAAAGUCGACCGAAAUUUUAUGUGGCGGUAAGAUAUUACGCCGAAUAUAAGGUAUUACAUUCCAGGACCUCUAUCUUUCUAUGCACCUCUUGGUUUUUAAACAACUACGACGACGAAUUUUUUUCUCUCAUUUAAUUAUUACCAUUAAAACAAUAACACAAGAAUUGACAAUGAUCCAAAUUGAUCAAUACUUAGCCUAAAAGACUCGUAAUUAUUUCGUUUUCAAUUGACUACGUCUUAACGUAUAUUCUGUAUGAUUCUGAUUAGUUACCUUUUAAACAAAAAUGACGAACUCAGCUCCAUUUUCAGCGGUUCGCAAAAAAAUAGUGUGCAUAUCAUAGUGAUAUUAAACGUCUUCAAAGAUAGCUACGAGCAGUAAACGAAUGUUCGUGGGUUGCGCUGAUUUUCAUAAAUUUGAUUUCAUCGUAUUGCUAGGACUUAAUGUUGUUAUGGUUCCGAAAAAUUAAAGUGCAGAUUCUUUGCGCAAAAUCACUUUUGAUCUCAGUGCUCAUAUCGGUGUGAAAAUGUUCGUUUGAGCGGUGCACAAUGUAUAGUGAUCUUUGCGCAUUUUGCCUGCAUUUAAAUAUUUCCUACAUCUAACACUUACCCCGGAGCAAAUGCCUUUUAUUUAAUUUGUUGUAUCCAAGGCUCCAAUUUUUCUAUUAAGAAUAAUCAAGCAUAUUGGUGACGUUUCUAAUAAUGAGUGUACAUUUAAAUUAUAUUCUGUCUUCUUUUACUUGCAAAUUUAGGUAUUUUAGUUAAUACGCGGUAAAGCCCUCUUCUUAAUUAAAGGAUAAGUAAAAAAAUAGAACAUUAAGCGCGAGCUACCUUCAAAAAGAGUACCUUUACUACAUUAUUUGUUUUUUUAAUUAUACUACCCGAUUGAUAUCAAAAGAAUAUUACUGUAAAGUAAAUUCCAUCUGUGUCACAUGAGGUCUUAAUUAUUUUUAUAGAAAAAAGAGCUUCACUGCCGCCUUUAAUGAUAAGUCUUAUUUAAACUCGCUCAUCAUUCAAAGUCCUGUAGCGCAUGUCUAUUUGAAAUUUAAACUUUCCCUCUCCGGUUUCAAUGAAUAUAUAACUUGCAGUUUUUACCACAAUUGCCCUACAGGACAUAAUUAUUUCAUAUAUUUGUUUUCCAAAAUAAAAUUAAAACCCUUUUCCCCCUUGUCAUCUUCAGGAAUCUUCUGUACAUUAUCGCCCCGGAAUAAAAUUCAUUUUAUUGUUUUAAAAAUCACAUUGAAAGUUUCUUGUCAGCCACUCAGAAAUUAUGACUCAUUAGGAAAUAAUGAUCCUAUAUAUUGAUUCAAACUUGCCUCCAUUAUGGAAAAGUGAAUGAUUUCUUUUGUGAUUUUUAAAGACGUUGACUCAUCCUUCACACUUAUUUUAAGUGAUAAAAAAUCAGUAUGUGUGGUGACUGUAACUAAAGAAAAUCAGAAAGUUUGAAAGUAACCGUGCUAUGACAACGGCCGUACUCGCAUAACCCAAAGCUAUCAUUCCGUUUUUUUUGGUUUUUUUACUUUUUUUUUUAUUUAUUCAUACAUAUUUUCCUUUGAAGAUUAUAAAAUUGUGUGUGUUGUUAAAAACGUAUACGUAAAAAUGGCGUAUUUUUACUGUGGAUUUCUAGACUUUUUGUACAUGAUUGCACAAACCAAAGAUGAGGUGAACAUGGUUGAUUCGACAUCUCUGUUUGAGCACCUGUACACAAGUGGUGCCUAUAUAAUUCAUGAGAUAAAUUAGUGCAAAAAAUUUUGGUUUUUUUUUGUCACGUUGUGUCGCGAUCGGAAUAACAUCUAGCAUUCAAGAAACACUUUUAAAAACAUUUUGUUGGGUUGCAAGUUUCCUGCAAUUCUAAUUAUUCCAAGUAAUAUUGUGUAAUUUUUCAGUGACCGAUUAAAUAUAUUUCUCUAACAUUUAAUACAAAUUUAAGAAAAAUUAUAGUGGGUGUGUAUGCUUAGGAAAUCAAUAAAAACAAAAGGAUGCAUAUUUACACCAGAAACAGCUCUCGAAUUUUCGUCUUUCAAUUAGAACAUAUUCGAUAUUAAAAUUAAAUUCUUCGGCUGAACGGUAGUUGCAACGGAGUCGACUUCUCUGUUGCAAUUGUGAUUUUUCCCUCCAUGAAUUUGUUACGUGAUUAUAUGCUUUUUGUUCUUUCGAUCGUAUUUCAACCAAAAAAUUGAAAGCACAUUUGAGACCUUUAAUAAUUGUUUUCGUGAAAGUUUCGAAAACAUGUGUGAUCAUAUAGAUAAUUGAAUAAUUUAUAUUAAUUUAUUUCCUUAGUUGUACUUUAACAUGAUCGAUUUGUAAGUAUUUGUAGCCAGCUACAGCUUUCGCAUUUGUUGGUCAUGCGAUGCUAAGCUUGAUUCAUAAAUUCCCGUCUUCAUUGGACUUGGAACUAAACUUGUUUCAUUUUAGAAAUCGGAUGCACUUCAGAAUACUGAAGAAAACCACACAAAAUGACUUCCAACGAGAGAAUCCCAGCCUCUUAGAUCUACAAUUAUAUUAGUAUCGCAUACCAAGAAAAAAAUGCAUUUUUGUUGCAGUUGUGAAACUAUAUUCAACUGGCAUAAUUGAAAAUGAUUGAACAAAAAAUGAAUUUCUCUCUCAAAUUCAAGCGCCGCGCCAUCGGGCCAGAAAUUAGGGGCGCUAUUUUGAGAGGGCAAGUAUCCCCUUCUCUCCUUACUUUUUUACUCUUACCUAGUUUGUCUUCAGGCAAAUGUUACUCCUCUUGUAAUAUAUUUUACCUCCUCAAGAUUUGGCUGAAAUGUAUUCUCGUCCAAAAUAUUUCUCCAGGACAGACCUUUGAUGAAAAAGAUCUUAAUCUACCCGCAGAAAGCGAAACUUGAGGCUGGAUGGAAAAUUUUUUCGAGCUUAAAUAUCAUAUUUUAGUUCUAGACUGGACGAACAUUCUACAAUGUAAGUGGGAAUACUUCAGCAUUUAGUUUCUGGAGCUUGUGAUCCACUCUAUUCAGAGCAUAUGGGUUUCUUCAUGCUCUAAACUCGCGCAUUUACAGCUUCUGUGAUAUAUGGUUCCCUCUAAAACCGAAAAUCAAAAGUUUUUGAAUGACGGAAAAUUAUCUUUUACUUCACGAAUAAACUUUGUGAAGUGUCAUCAGGACUUAAAUUAAAAGUUUUUAGAGCUUGCUUGAUGUGUGCUCCAACGUACAACCCCUGUGAACUGUCAAGUAAGCAACCAUAAUGCUGUAUAUGUAGAAUUUUCUCAAAUACAGCUGGAUUAGAUUAGGGAUAAGUAGGUAUUAUUAUACAUUGACGUGCCUUAGCUCUCCAAUUUUUAUACCAUUAAUAUAAGUUUGCAUCUACCUACUUAUAUAGUGAGAUCAUGUCUAUUCGAGGCAUUUCCGAUUGUAAACAAGUCGUAUAAAUGUAUGAUCGUACAUUGUACAUAUUAGCAUAAGUUGUAUUUUUUGUAAAAUUAGGUAAAUUCGAUCGAUUUGUGUAAUAUAUAUACAUAUAAAAUGUAAUUAAAUCCAUUGCUCAAACAAGUAAUAAAUAACAUAUUACGUUUAAGAAAAA